UCCAUCUACCCGUUUAAUUAAGGGGCGCUGCGUUUCUUUCUUUUCGUUUCUGUUUUCCUCCCACCUCCCCCUCUCCAGCUCUCCUACUGUCCCCUCGGCCUCCCGCCGGUGAGCGAUGGAGCGGCGGUCCUCCGUCCGCUUUGUGCCAUCCGAGAUUGCAAGGAUGGAGAAAUUGGCUGCAGAUAGAAAAGACCAAGUCUUUGAUAACAAGUUCUGCCAGAAGCUUGCAGAAGAAUUUAAUCGUUCUGUUGGCCGUGCUGGAAGUAAAGCGUUACAAGCUACACAGGUUCAAGGAUGGUUUCUUAAUAAGUUUCCAGCAUCAGCCACUAAACCUACUUGUGUGCCCACUGCUUCCCAAGAAAAGACUUCAGCCUCAGAAAUAAAUGUAUCAGUUUCUGAAAAAAGAUCUGCAGCUUCCGAAGAGAAACUUUUCCCUCUUGAUACAGAAACUAAAGAUAUGAUUCCUGAACUUGAAGACCUGGAGUUUGAGGCCAAGUCUACAAAGGAUUUUGCCUGGUAUGACAUUGCCCUAUUCUUGGCACACAGGAGGAACAGGGCGGGUGAAGUAGAAGUCCGGGUGAGAUUCGAGGGUUUUGGGGCGGAUGAGGAUGAGUGGGUGAAUGUCAAGAAGUUCAUCCGCCAGCGUUCCAUUCCUCUGGAGUCCUCACAGUGCAAAAGCGUUGUUGAAGGUGACCUUGUUCUCUGCUUCAGGGAGGGAAACGAGGAGGCAUUGCAUUUCGAUGCACAUGUUCUUGAGGUUCAGCGGAAGCAGCAUGAUAUUAGGGGGUGCAGAUGUGUAUUCCUUGUUGAAUACGAUCAUGACCAAAGCCAGGAGAGGGUUAGCCUGAGAAGAUUGUCCCGGCGGCCAAAGUACUUUUGAAGGCUGCUCCUGUUAGCCUGAUGGGCAUAUCUAUUCUGGAACUGGAACUAACCGGAGCGUGAAACUUAGGUGAAGUUAGUUUGUGGCGUCCUUGGUCAUGUGUGUAUUAGCAACCGGCGGCAGCAAGCAUGGGCUUGCAUCUCAACCCCUUUGGCACAGGACUGGCUGACUGAAUUUUAUAAACUCGUUAUCGUGCAGAAGAGGGAAGAGUACGCGGCUUGAGCACUUAGGGUGUCACUUAGGAUGUGUUUGGUUCGUGAAGUCACCUUAUGCUUCAUGAGGUGUAUCAUGAAUUCAUCCUAUAAUUUUUUGUGGCAUCAACCUAUUCCUCGUUUAUAUAUUAAUUAUUAGUUUAUGAGUUA